AUGGCCUAUCAAGGGUCUGGCGCGCAUUCACCCAAGUAUGAAGAUGGUCAUCGGCUUCAGGAUGUGCCUGCCUCGCAAUAUCGCGAAGACGAGGAUGCAUCCCGAGGCCUGCUCUCUCACCAGCAAGGCCCUUUUGCAACGCCUUUUGACGACCCUCACUCACGAGGAGUCUCGCCCGUGCGCCCCGCAUCGGGUUACAGCUUGACCGAGACCUACGCUACCGAAUCAUCCCCGAAUUACCAGGACCCUUACGCGACGGGCUCUGUGUACUCAGGUCACUCCGAGAGCCCCGCUGCAGCAUUUGGUGUCCCCGGCAGAGCCGCAUCUCCGUACGCCCGAAGUGAAACUUCAUCCACCGAGGCCUGGCGCCAGCGACAAGCACCUGGUGGUGGGCCAGGCGGUGGUACUGGGGGUGGCAACCUGCGCCGAUAUGCCACGCGAAAAGUCAAGCUGGUUCAGGGCUCGGUCCUGAGUGUCGACUACCCGGUGCCCAGUGCUAUUCAAAACGCCAUCCAAGCCAAGUAUCGUAAUGACCUCGAAGGCGGCAGCGAGGAGUUCACGCACAUGCGAUAUACCGCUGCGACGUGUGAUCCCAACGAGUUUACCCUUCACAAUGGUUACAAUCUGCGCCCAGCGAUGUAUAACCGUCAUACCGAGCUCUUGAUCGCUAUCACCUACUACAACGAGGACAAGACCCUGACCGCUCGUACACUUCAUGGUGUGAUGCAAAACAUUCGCGAUAUUGUGAAUAUUAAGAAGUCCGAGUUCUGGAACAAAGGUGGACCUGCAUGGCAGAAAAUCGUCGUUGCACUCGUAUUCGACGGUAUCGAUCCUUGCGACAAGGAUACUCUCGACGUCCUGGCCACGGUGGGUAUCUACCAGGAUGGUGUCAUGAAGCGUGAUGUUGACGGCAAGGAGACUGUGGCGCAUAUCUUCGAAUACACGACCCAGCUGUCUGUCACACCUAACCAGCAGCUCAUCCGUCCAACAGACGAUGGGCCAAGCACUCUACCGCCGGUGCAGAUGAUGUUCUGCUUGAAGCAGAAGAACAGCAAGAAGAUCAACUCUCACCGCUGGCUGUUCAAUGCGUUUGGUCGUAUUCUGAACCCUGAGAUCUGUAUUCUGCUAGAUGCUGGAACCAAGCCUGCCCCGAAGUCUCUACUAUACCUCUGGGAGGCCUUCUACAACGAUAAGGAUCUGGGUGGUGCAUGUGGUGAGAUUCACGCUAUGUUAGGCAAGGGCUGGCGCAAUCUGGUCAACCCGUUGGUGGCAGGGCAGAACUUCGAGUACAAGAUCAGUAACAUCUUGGAUAAGCCCCUCGAAAGUUCCUUCGGCUACGUCAGUGUCUUGCCAGGUGCGUUCUCUGCGUACCGAUUCCGCGCCAUCAUGGGACGACCACUGGAGCAAUAUUUCCAUGGUGACCACACCUUGUCUAAGCAACUAGGUAAGAAGGGUAUCGAGGGCAUGAACAUCUUCAAAAAGAACAUGUUCUUGGCCGAGGACCGUAUUCUCUGUUUCGAGUUGGUUGCCAAGGCCGGCUCCAAAUGGCAUCUGUCGUACGUGAAGGCCUCCAAGGCCGAAACUGACGUGCCCGAAGGCGCGGCAGAAUUCAUCUCUCAGCGUCGUCGUUGGUUGAAUGGUUCCUUCGCAGCUGGUAUCUAUUCGCUGAUGCAUUUCGGCCGUAUGUACAAGAGUGGACACAACAUCAUCCGCAUGUUCUUCCUACACAUUCAGAUGUUGUACAACAUCUUCAACACCAUCCUCACCUGGUUCUCGCUUGCCUCCUACUGGCUGACGACGACCGUCAUUAUUGACCUGGUCGGCACCCCCAGUGACAGCAAUAACCAUACGGCAUUCCCCUUUGGCAAGACCGCCACACCCAUCGUGAACACCAUCAUCAAGUAUAUCUACCUGGCAUUCCUGCUGCUUCAGUUCAUUCUUGCGCUCGGCAACCGUCCCAAGGGCUCCAAGUUCUCGUAUCUGGCUUCCUUUGUGGUAUUCGGUAUCAUCCAGUUGUACAUUGUCGUCGACUCCCUCUAUCUGGUGAUUCGCGCCUUUAGUGGGGGUGCGCCGAUGGACUUCACGACUGAUCAAGGUGUGGGGGCUUUCCUCAAGUCGUUCUUUGGCUCGUCUGGCGCAGGUAUCAUUAUCAUCGCUCUGGCUGCUACCUUUGGUCUCUAUUUCGUCGCGUCAUUCAUGUAUGCCGAUCCAUGGCAUAUGUUUACCUCCUUCCCCGCCUAUAUGGUCCUACAGUCCUCUUACAUCAACAUCCUCAACGUCUAUGCUUUCAGCAACUGGCAUGAUGUGUCAUGGGGUACCAAGGGUUCCGAUAAAGCUGAUGCGCUGCCCUCUGCCACGACGACCAAGGAAGAGGGUAGUAAAGAGGCGGUCAUAGAGGAAAUCGACAAGCCGCAAGCCGAUAUCGACAGUCAGUUCGAAACCACGGUCAAGCGUGCGCUCACUCCCUACGUUGCACCUGUUGAGCACGACGAGAAGUCCUUGGAGGACUCUUACAAGAGCUUCCGUACUCGACUCGUCACCUUCUGGAUUUUCAGUAAUGCUUUCCUUGCCGUCUGCAUUACCAGCGAAGCGGUGGACAAGUUCGGAUUCACGAACACUGCUACCGUUCGUACUGCCCGGUUCUUCCAAGCCCUUUUGUGGUCCAAUGCCAUCAUGGCCCUGUUCCGCUUCAUCGGUGCCUGUUGGUUCUUGGGCCGCACCGGUAUCAAGUGCUGCUUCGCGCGCCGGUAG